AUAGACGAAAAUGUAAAAAAAAUAAAAAACAAAAAAAGUAUAUAUAUAAAAAAUAGUGAUUUUUUUUGUCUCUCUUUUAAAAAUAAAAUCGACCCAAGACAGGGGGACGGUCGAACUUCAAGAGACUAGUAAUAAGAAUGAGGCUAGCAAUUAAUACCGAUUGAGGGAUAAGGCAGCCGAUAGUUCUUGGGAGAAAGCUGCUGCUGCUGCACGGAAUGUGGAUGCCAGUUUCAGAGUUGAAUCUGGAGGAUGUCAACCAUGAGAGAUGGAGGAGGGAAGGCGAGGAUCAGUCCUUCAUGUAUGUAGGCCGGAUGCCUCUGCGAUGGAAUGACGAUGUCAAUAUCCUGGUCUCAGAAUGUUGUAGAACGACGACAUGCCAUGACAUGAGAGGUGGCCGACUCUUAUGACUUGAACCUGUUGAGAGGGGGGGAAGUUGUGUGUCUUGUCCUGUCCUGUCCUGUCCUGUCCUGUUCUGCUCUGCUCU